UUAACAUGGGCUGCUCCUCCGAAGCUGCCAGAACGAGGACACAACGCAGCAGCAUCAACGGCUAUUAUAAACACAAGAACAACACCAACAAUAGCACAAUCAGUUACAGUAAUAGUAACUGCAAUUGCAACAACACAAACAACAACUGUUGUGACAACUAUAAAAGCAGCAGCGACAGCAAUAGUUUGCGUUUAUUGAGUGCAGAGGUGAUCUGUCAAAGCACAGUUGACAGCGACGAGGAGCCAACAAUUUCAAAAGAAAAUAACUGCCAGCGACAGACAGACACAACGACAGUUACAACAGUCAUAGAAAAUACACAAAAGCAGCAAAGGGAAAGAGAACUAAAAGUCGAAGGCGCUAAAGCGGAAGACACUGAAAAGCUGCGACAAAUUGAGUACAGCCAAAGUGAGAGCGUCGAGGCGGAAGUGGUUGGUGUUGCGGUUGAAGGAUUGCUGUGUACUGUAGGCGGACGCCAUUGCGAAUUGUAUGCCACUUGUGUAAAUUGUUGCCCAAGUGAAUUUGAUAUUAACGCGCAACACAACAGCAGCAGCAACGACAAGGAAAGUUGUUACGCAAACUUUCGUCACCGCACGGCAAGCGGAAGAAAUAAUUGUUGCCACCGACAGUUGCCGCAAGAACUGCCGCACACGCGCGACGAGUUGCCACCUCAAGCGAGGCAAGAAUACGAACCAGAGAAACCAAGAGAAAAUGAAACGUGGCGCGCGGCAUACGGUAGCUUGGCGCUGCGGAGGGAAAUGGAGACGAGCGCGCCGCCCUAA